GGGGAGGAGCCAGAGUACACCGACGAAUCGGAGUCCUCGGAUUCCGAAGAGAGGCCGGCCCCCGACCAGCAGAAGCUCCUCCUCCCCCAGGCCCCUCCCACCAUGCCCCAGACCCGCCCACCUCCCCUUGCUCCUCCAAUCGGCUCCUCCCAGCAGCUCCCUGCCCCUCUCUCCCACCUGCAGGCUCCUCCCAUGCCCGGCCCGCCCCCUCUGGGGCUGGCCCCGCCCAUGAGACCCCCGGGUCCGCCCUCAGGCCCGCCCCCGGGCCCGCCCCCUGGUGCCCCUCCUUUUCUGAGACCCCCCGGGAAUGCCCGGAAUGAGGGGCCCAUUGCCGCGGUUACUGCCCCCAGGACCACCCCCUGGCAGACCCCCCCGGCCCCCCCCCCAGGCCUGCCCUCCGGGCCCCCCCCCCUCGAGGACCUCCACCCAGACUGCCUCCCCCCCGCCCCCCCAGGAAUGCCUCCGCCCCGCCCCUCGAUGAUGCGUCCCAUGGCCCCUCCCCUCGGCCCCGCCCCUCCGGGCAUGUUCCCUCCCCCUGUGAAUCCCUCCAACCUCCCCCUGAACCCCGGAGUCCUGAGCGCCCCUCCCAGCCUCAUUCAGCGCCCCAAACCGGACGAGGACGGCCGGGGGGGGGGGGGCGCGGGAGGAGCAGGAGGGGGGGCCACCAUCGAGAAACGAGCCACUGCCUCCAGCGGCACAACCAUCAGCGCCAAACCCCAAAUCACGAACCCCAAGGCAGAGGUGACCCGAUUCAUACCGACCGCCCUCAGAGUGAGGAGGGAGAGGCAGGCGGGGCAGGGUGCGAGGAGAGGGGACGAGAAGGAGAGGAGGGCCGGGGCGGGAGGGGGGCACCCUCAUCAUCAUCAUCAUCAUCAGAGGGGAGCCUUCCCCGCCACGCAGCAGCAGCAGCACGGGAUGAAAGGUCACUCGGGGGUCCCUGCCAGUCCCGUGGUCACCUCGAUGAUGGCGAUGCAGACAAAGGAUGACGUUUAUGAUAAUUUCAUGAAGGAGAUGCAGGGCUUGCUGUAGAGAGGGAGGGAGGGAGAGAGGGGGGGGAAGAGAGGGGUUACUGAAGAAUUAAGACUAGAAAUCUGAGUCUUCAGUGUAAAUUCAAUGGCAAACGUUUUCCACUAGAAGUCUCUCUCAGCGUCUUCAGUGUAAAUUCAAUGGCAAACGUUUCCACUAGAAGUCUCUCUCAGCGUCUUCAGUGUAAAUUCAACAGCAAACGUUUCCACUAGAAGUCUCUCUCAGCGUCUUCAGUGUAAAUUCAACGGCAAACGUUUCCACUAGAAGUCUCUCUCAGCGUCUUCAGUGUAAAUUCAACGGCAAACGUUUCCACUAGAAGUCUCUCUCAGCGUCUUCAGUGUAAAUUCAACGGCAAACGUUUCCUCUAGAAGUCUCUCUCAGCGUCUUCAGUGUAAAUUAAAUGGCAAACGUUUCCUCUAGAAGUCAUUUGAAGACGCUGAGAGGCUUCUAGUGGAAACGUUUGCUGUUGAAAUCAAUAUUACUUUAUUUUUUUUUUUACAUCUGUAAUAUUCAUGUCAAUCCACCAACAAAAUAAAAACAAGGAGAGUUUGUAACAGUUUGUAUAAAAUGAUUGAAAAAUGGGUUCAUUUAAAAAUGUUAACUAUUAAAAAUUAAAAAAAUUGAAAAAUUA